CACCACACCAUUACCAAUACCAAUCCAUCUCUCCACAACACCAACAACAAAACUCCCACCUCUUCCACCAUGGCCUCUCCCAUCAACCUCUUCUUCACGUUCCUCACCAUAGCCACAACAUUUUCCCUCCUAAUCAUCUCACCGUCGACGGCGAGCGACCCGGACAUCCUCUCCGACUUCAUCCUCCCACCAAACGUCACAAACCCUAACGCCUCAUUCUUCACCUCCACCUCCUUCCGCGCCCUCCUCCAACCCUCCAACCUCACCACCUUCAACGCCAUCAAAGCCACCAUGGCCGAGUUCCCCGCCCUCAACGGCCAGAGCGUCUCCUUAGCCGCCCUCCGCUUCCCCUCAGCCACCGCCAACCCUCCCCACACCCACCCACGCGCCGCCGAGCUCCUGUUCAUCGUCUCGGGCGCCCUCGAGGUCGGGUUCGUCGACACGACCAACAAGCUGUUCACAAGGACGCUUCGGGCCGGGGACAUGUUUGUUUUCCCCAAGGGGCUGGUUCACUUUCAGUAUAAUGCGUGGGAGGAGGCGGCGCUGGCGAUUUCAUCGUUCGGGAGUGCGAAUGCCGGGCUUGUGUCGCUGCCGGCGACGCUGUUUGGGACGGAGAUUGAUGAUGAGGUUCUGGCGAAGGGUUUUAAGACGGAUGUUGACACCGUGAGGGCUCUCAAGGCUGGCCUUGCCACCAAGCAUUAGAGGAAGAUAGAGGAAGAUAUUUAUUUAAAUUUUUUUUCUUUCCAUUUGAGUACUGUCUUGAUCUUUUGCGCAUUUGGUUGUUCUUCUUUUUAUUUAUUUAAUUUGUGUAAGGUUGAUGACUAUGAUUUAUGAAUAACAGCAUGCCCUAAACAGGAAUGUGGAGGGGUACAUUUUCUAAAUCAAUUGCUGGUAGAGGUGGCAAAUGGAUUGAUCCAUGAAUUGGUGAAUUGGAUUGCUGGAUCCAUGGACUCGAUGGAUUGGUGAAUUAUCCAUGAAAUCAAAUGACAUCCUCAACCAAGGACCAAUAUAUAAAAUGUGAAAAGUUUAGGUACUAAAAUGUCUUAACAAAAAAUUUUAGGUACCAAAACGUAAUUUUCUAAUGAUAUUUUUGUAUAAAAAUUAAAUUUGGGGUACCAAAAUGUAAAAUAUAAAAAGUAUAGGUGCCAAACCGUAAUUUGUCAUCUGGAUCCAUGGAUCAAUCCAUGAAUCCACCAAUCCAAUCCAAUUGGAUUUGGAUCAAAUGGAUUGGAUUAGGUGGAUAUUUUUAAUGGGUUUGUGAAUUGGAUUGAGAAUUGCCACCUCUAAUUAUUGGGAUUUCUUGUGAACAUUUCUUAAGAAGCACCCAAAAUAUUCACUUAAGUUAAAAAUGAAAUAUACCUAGCUACCUUAUAGUAGUUUUCUAAUAAAUAUCAAAGUGAAAAGUAGUUUGUUUAUUCACCGAUGAUUUGAUCAAGACAUGUCUAACACGGUUGAACUUGAUUGAGGUUAUUCUUUGCACACAUUGGAUUGAUUUUUAACAUUCCCGAGCAUAUUGGCAAAUCAAUGAUCAUCAUCCAUUCACUUGCCCCAAUUUCCUCUUCUUCUCGUAAACAACAACAACAAAAAACAGAGGAGCUCCCAUUACUAGACAGAAGACAUGCACCCAUAGGUUUCAUCCCAGCGAUGGUGGACUUUCUAAGGUUUGAUUGUUUGUUGUUGCUGCAUUUGUCUAAGGAGAAACAUAUUCCUAAGGAAUAUUAUAUAGGCUUUAGGGAUGGCAAUGGGUCGGGUCGGGGAGGGAUAGUGCAUAUCUGUUACCCUACUCAAAGUAUUUCGGGUUUUACCCAUAUCCAUACCCACAUAAGAAACGGGUAGAAAAUCCAAACCAUGUCCAUACCCGUUCGGGUUUCGGGUAUCCAUGGUUAUGUAAGACGAAAAGUACGACAAUGAUUCACUAGAAUGAAGAAAAUUAAUUAAAACAACACAAUUUCAUGAAAAUAUUAUAUUUAUAUGCUAGAUAUAAAAUAUUUUAGAGAAAAAUAUUGAUUAUUUUUAGAAAAAUACAUACGCAUGUGUAUAAUCGGGCGGGUUCGGGUUGGAUAGUGAAAAAACCAUGCCCACCCAUUACCCGCAAUAUUCGGUUCGGGUUUUACCCGUACCCACUAAAAGCCUUUCGGGUUCGAAUUUUACCCUACCCGAUUAGGUCGGAUUCGGACGGAUAUCCAUGAUUACGGAUAUUUUUGCCAUCUCUAAUAGGCUUAUUGACAAGGAUUAAUUCACACUAGAUAACAUUAUAGGGUUUGCCUUCCCGCUAAUCUUUAAGGAGUCUUUUUUAUUUUUGACAAUAUCUUAAAGGGUGUCUUGGAAUCUCUAAUUAAGAUCGAUGCAUAGAAAUUGUGAGGUAUGUGAGAGGUUGAACAAGACGAAUGAGUUCAAUGCAACGAUUGAGUCUGUGUGUAAAUUGUAACACAUAACGGGGCAUAAAUUUCAAGCAUAUUUAGGACGACAUUGAACUAAGACCAACUCAGUUUAGAUCAAUUGCAUAUGCUUUUGCAUGCAAUCCGCAACAUCGUCUUUUUAAUAAUUUCACCAACUAGUUAACACUAGUCACAUAGAGGUUAGAAUAAAGAUUUCGAAUUAAU